AUGGCUGACCAGGAGGCUGCAGUACCCUCCCUCGACGGACCCUCCGAGCCAUUGCCAAAAGUCAAGGCGAAGAAGGCGGACGCCAGCAAAGUCGCUCCUGCUAGAUUGAGGAACGGUAAUUGCCAGAGUUGUGGUCCUACAAGCACCUCAAAGUUUGUCAGAGGACUCUGUAGCAAGUGCUACCACCAACAAUACAACGAGAACAAGAAGCGUCAAAAGCCUAGAGCCCCGUCAGCCGCAAGUGAUAGUGCCGCUAUUGACGAAGCCAUUCCCAACGAUCAGCCACUGCUAUCGCAACCUGCGCUUUCCGAAAGCGCCAUGACCAACGAGCGUCGUCAGCCUAGCCUCGAGCUGGGGUCUGGCGAACAUAUCCUCGCCGCCCUUCCAGAUCCUCAAACACCAUCCAGCACUCGCACUUUUACCUCAUCACUAGAGUUCCCAACCAACACCCCGCACGGUUCAGAUAUCAGCCCCUCCUCUCCUGCUACUAGUAUCGAUUUCAAACCUCAGCUACUCACAGCUGCCACCUCAACCUUAGCUACAGCAGGAAAUGCCAAGAGCAUCGAGGAAGAAUUGCAUCCCAGCCUGGAAGAUACCUCACCUGUGGCACACAAGCGACGCUUUCUGAACAUCGAGGAACUCUAUUCUGGUAGCGGCACUUUUGAUGAAGACGAGUCGAACCAUGCUCACAAGCACCAGAAGCUUGACACGGAUUCUUCUAUUGAUCGCGAAGCCGAAGAUGAAGCGAUAAAGUCCUCAGCUGCUACAGUCGCCUCGGUAAGCAAGGCUCAAGAGGAGGAGCUUACCAGUCUUGAUCGUCUACAGCAAGAGCAGCGAGAUGCUAUGCUGCAAGGUCAUCGAGUCCGGCUUCAAGUCCUGAAGCGGAAUCACGACAACUUCAAUAAGAACUUCGCUCUGCUCCAGCAAUCGCGAAGCUAUUUUGAGAAUGAGAUGGCAGGCUGGAAGCACAAGCAUGUUCAUCUCGAGGCCGUGCUAAAGCAAACGCAGGAGGAGCGUGACGAGUGGAAGGCUGCCAAGGAGCAAGCCGAUCAGGAGAAGGCCGAUAUCGAGGACGCUAAGCGCCAGAGUGAGGGUGAGACGGAUCUCGUGAUUGCACAGUUGCAGGAGAAGAUCACUAGUCUCAAGAAGAGCAAGGCUGCUCUGAUUCAGCAAUUGGUCGCUGAACAGUCAGACUGA